AUGGGACUGGAUGCCCUGAACAAGCUCGCGGCGGCUGGUGAGGCUGUUUAUCAGAACUUCUCUAAAAAAUGGGAUGAGAGAAAGAGACGACAAGCGGAAGAGGCGUGGCUCGCGAAACACGCUGAAGAAAUCCGUCAGCGAAAUGAAUUCCUGUCUCUCGUCACGAGUAAAGUCACAGGCGACUCAGCCCUCGAAAUGGCACCUCUGCAAUGCAACCCGCGCGAAACUCAAAGAGCAGUCUUUCUCGUCACAACGCCUAUUGCCUUUGGCGUACUUGAAGUCUCAGAGGCAAGCUAUAAAUUGUUAGCGAGACAUGUCGGCAUGAGUCUGAACAGCGUGAGUCAUUGGGCCGUGUGCGUCAUCGAUAGAGGGCUGGGGAAGUGCUAUUGCUACGAUUUGAUGAGCGAUCGUUUGGAGUUGACGAUGUUGGGGAAGAAUUAUUUCAGGGUGGCGGUCAUUACAGAGGAGUUUGUUGAGACGUGGAGUUCGUGCUAUUAUAUUGGCGAGACGACCAAGACGCAUGAGGAGAUUCAGGCGAUAGGACAGCAUCAUAUCGGAUUAAAUCCCCGGUAUAAAUUACUAUCGAAUAACUGUCAGCAUCUUGUUGAUAGUCUUGUCAAGGAGCUUUGCAACGGCAAAGUCAUCAGUCAGGCAAAACUGGACGAGGAGUUGUUGCUUGCAUCACCGAAGAUUGCACGCGACUUGCUUGUUGGGAGGAUAAGGUCGAAGAUGGAUGUUGGUGGCGAGAGUGAAGAUAGUCCUUCGAUCAAAGAGCAUUUGGAGGCGAUCAAAAGUCACUGGAGCGACAGGAAAUAA